AUGUUAGCUAACAAUUGGCUUUCCCAGGCAGAAAGGAGGAUGUUCUUGUCGAAAGGGGCCAAGGAUGGAUUAGAAUAUCUGAAACGUAAAAGGCUUCAGAAGAAGAGAUCAGACCCUGUCAAUGAAACAGUAGACUUCAGCACAAUGACUAGGAGUGGAGGUGAUGCUUUGAGACCACCUCCAGCUUCAUGUGGAAUGAGAUUACGGGUAACUUCUAGUGACACAGUAUCUAAAGUGAAUGGUGCAUCUUUUGGUAAGGGUGGCUUAUUGAAGGAAAAAAUGGAGAAGGUUGAGACUGAUGAUCUAAAAUGGACCGAGAGGCUUCCAGAAUGUCCUGUCUACAGACCAACAAAGGACGAGUUUGAGGAUCCUCUGACUUACUUGCAGAAGAUUUAUCCUGAAGCUUCAAAAUAUGGUAUUUGUAAGAUUGUAUCUCCCUUGACUGCAACAGUUCCUGCAGGCGCUGUGUUGAUGAAAGAGAAAUCAAACUUUAAGUUCACUACCAGAGUACAACCCCUUCGACUUGCUGUGUGGGAUUCUGAUGAUAAGGUUACUUUCUUCAUGAGUGGGAGGACCUAUUCAGUUCGAGAUUAUGAGAAAAUGGCGAACAAGGUAUUUGCACGUAGAUAUUGCAGUGGUGGCUCUUUGCCCGACUCAUUCUUGGAGAAAGAAUUCUGGAAGGAAAUUGCAUGUGGCAAGACUGAAACAGUUGAGUAUGCGUGUGAUGUAGAUGGUAGCGCAUUUUCAUCUGCACCAAGUGACCUGCUAGGAAGCAGCAAAUGGAACUUGAAUAAAGUUUCAAGGCUGCCAAAGUCUACCCUACGCCUUCUUGAAACAACCAUUCCGGGAGUCACUGAACCCAUGCUUUACAUUGGAAUGCUGUUCAGUAUGUUUGCCUGGCAUGUUGAGGACCAUUAUUUGUACAGCAUUAACUAUCAACAUUGUGGAGCAUCAAAAACUUGGUAUGGGGUUCCUGGUUCUGCUGCUCUUAAAUUUGAGAAGGUGGUUAGAGAGUGUGUCUACAAUGAUGAUAUUCUGUCAACUAAUGGAGAAGAUGGAGCCUUUGAUGUGCUUCUAGGGAAGACAACUAUAUUCCCACCAAAGAUUCUGUUGGAUCAUGAUGUGCCUGUGUACAAGGCUGUACAAAAACCAGGAGAGUUCGUUGUUACAUUCCCUAGGGCUUAUCAUGCUGGCUUCAGCCACGGCUUUAAUUGUGGUGAGGCGGUGAAUUUUGCGAUGGGUGACUGGUUUCCUUUUGGAGCUAUUGCUAGUUGCCGGUAUGCUCAUCUUAACAGAGUGCCAGUACUUCCUCAUGAAGAAUUGAUUUGUAAGGAAGCAAUGCUUUUAAACUCAAGUUCCAAAUCCGAGGUCCUGGAUUUUACACCGACAGAAUUGUCAGGACAACGAAGUAUUAAGACUGCGUUUGUGCACCUGAUUCGUUUUCUUCAUCUGGCUCGAUGGUCUCUGAUGAAGUCAAGAUCAUGCACAGGCCUGGUUCCGAAUACAUAUGGAACCAUCGUGUGCAGUUUGUGUAAACGGGAUUGCUAUUUGGCGUUUAUAAACUGCGAUUGUUACUCACAUCCUGUCUGUCUCCGUCAUGAUAUAAAAAAGCUUGACCUUCCUUGCGGGACAACGCGUACCCUUUUCUUGAGGGAUAACAUCAAAGUCAUGGAAGCUGCUGCGAAGAAGUUUGAGAAAGAAGAUGGAGUUUCAGAUUUGAUAACAACUGAUGAAGAUUUAUAUACAUAUCCAUCUUCAAUCACACUUCCAGCUACGAAAGAUGACGAAUAUUCACCGUAUUCUGCUAUAUACUUUGAUUUCAAUACUGUGUUAGAGGUUCCAUCUCAUGGCCAACUGCAAUCUGGAAACCAUGUCAUGAGCUAUGAAGCAAAUGCUUCGUGUAUCUCUUCAGUUGUGGAUGAUUAUGAAUGCUCAGCAACUGCUGAUUACGUAAAUAGACGAGCUAACUGUAGCAGCAGUAGUGAUUCUAACAAGCUCUCAGAAGAAGUAGCAAGCAGCAGCAGUAACAAAAGAAGUCGAUUUUUCCCUGCGGUGCAAGACGAACUAGUCACAUACCAGGAAAGUGACGGUUCUGACUCGGAAAGUUUCAGAGUAAAACGCCGGUCUUCGUUAAAAUCUGAGAACCGAACAGUUGUUCUCGACACAAAGGAUUCAGACCAAUAUCAGCAAAGUGACGUGAAGAAGAAGAUUGAGAAUCAGUUUGGUGGUUUUAAACGUCUGAAAGUGAAAGGGCUAAUAAUGCCGUAA